AUGUCUGCUGCACGAGCUUUCAGCACCGCUCUCCGGGCUGGUGUCCCCCGCGCCCCCAUUGCCGCCCGCUUCGCCCGCGGGUACGCUGCCGCCGCUCCUACCGGCGCUGCCAACAAGCCUCCGGUUGCCCUCUUCGGUGUUGAUGGAACAUACGCCAGCGCUUUGUACACCGCUGCCGCCAAGACCAACGCCCUCGACAACACUGCAAAGUCGCUCGAGCAGCUCUCGGCCGUCUUCAAGAAGGAUGCCAAGCUCGCUCAGAUCCUCCGCGCACCCACCCUUUCCGUCGACGACAAGCAGCAGAUCGUGCAGGAGCUCCAGAAGCACGUUGGCCAGGACAAGGACGGCAUCAUCAAGAACUUCCUUGCCACACUCGCCCAGAACAACCGAUUGGGCGUGCUAGAGGGUGUCGUGAACAACUUCGGUGUCCUGAUGGGUGCGCACCGCGGCGAGAUCGAGCUCGUUGUCACCAGCGCUGCUGCUCUCGACAACAAGACCCUCUCCCGCCUCGAGGCCGCCGUUUCCAAGUCGCAGUACGUUGGCCAGGGCCAGAAGCUCAAGGUCGUUCCUAAGGUCAACCCCGAGAUCAAGGGCGGACUCAUCGUUGAGAUUGGCGACCGCACCAUCGACCUGUCUGUCUCCUCCAAGAUGGCCAAGAUGAACAAGCUCCUCAAGGACACUUUGUAA